GGAAAAACAGACCCCUUGACUAUUAAUCUUCGAGAAUUACAGAGCAUAUCAGAUCACCGGAAACGAAAGAGAUGACCAUGGGGACAUCGACGGCGCAAGCUUACGGGGAGCCGCAGUACUGGGACGACCGCUACGCCAACGAAUCAGCACCCUUUGAUUGGUAUCAGAAGUACCCUUCCUU